CUCUGACCUUCUCAUCCAAUGGGGUUUGAGAAGGAGGCGAUGAGAGAGGACGCGAGGAUUUCGCGAUUGAGAGUUUUUCCAAGGAAAUGCAAUUGAUAUUCUCCCAAAGCAAAAUAUUUCUGUUUACAUUAUUUUAAAUGUAGUUGUCAAGUUGUCAGUUACAAAGCUCUAGUCAAAUGUUGACAUAUAGGCUAGGACUGGAGUAGGCUAGACACUUCAAACGUUUGCUCGCAGAGAUCUUGUUGUUCUGGUGGCCAGUAGAAAGUGAAAGUAAAAGUAUCCAUGUAUUUUACUGUAACGUGUAACCAGCUGCAUGAAAACAAGCGAAGACGAUGGUAAGAAUAUUGUUAGCUUUUCUAAGAAAGUAGAGUUAUGCAGGGCAAUUGUCAGUGUGGAUGAUAGACUACCAAAUAUGUUUUCUGUUAUGACUUCAUUUGAUUAAGCCAGCUGUCUACAGUCUCCAUCGAUUUUAUGAUGGGCAUGCCAUCGGCCCUUUCUUUUUCUGAAACUCCGUGUCUUCCAUGUAUGCAUUAUACUAUAUUGUAUUACUAUACUAAAAUAGAUACUGCCCAUGUGUCUUGUGCGCUCAUUAUGGAUAUUGAUAUCAUGCAUGUAAAGGCAUUGCUAUUGUUAGGGUAAUAAUGAGCACCAUAUCGAUUUACCGAUUUACCGAUUUCAUUUUUUUUUUCUUUCCAGGAUAAACACAAUUGAGAUACUGCUGUAACUCUACCUAUUGGCCAUGGCUCGUUUAAAAACAUAUGGGUUGGUUCUUCUCUAUGACCUAGUGCUGUGGGGGGCACUGUGGACUGGGUUAGUGCUACUUGAGUUCUCCAGUAGUGGAGGACUGGUGGGGUUAUGGGCCUUUGGAGCCCUAAGGUGGGUAUUGCACCAUUCAAUCAACCUGGUGCUCACUGAUGGAAAGCCACAGCCAGUGCUGAGGAGAUGGGUGGCAGUGCUCUGCCUCUUGCCUCCUGUGUUUGAAAGUGGACAGAUGGUCAUGUUGCCGGCACUGACUGCCGACAACCUGGGUCCGGUGCCUGACCCAAGCAUGGUGGUCUUGGCCCUGGUAUCCUCCACUGUGGCCUGCCUGGCAUGGGAGCUGGGCUUCCCUGAUGAUGGAGGGAACCAGGGGAAGGAGAAGGAGAAGAAACAGGAGGCCAGGGCACUGUUGAUGAGGAUGGUGCGAUACUGCAGACCAGAUGCCCUCUACCUGGCUGCAGCCUUCCUCUUCCUCAGCCUUGCUGUCAUCUGUGAGUAUAGCGUUUUGUAAAAGUAAUUUCAAAUGUGCAUGCCAAGCACAUGCGUUCGUUUGUAUUCUGUUAUCAAUUGUUUUCAAGGAAUUUGUUGAGCUAAUUAUUUUUUAGCUAUAAUUAUUCUUACUUACGCCAUCCGUUCAAGUGAACCGUUUUGAUCGAGCCAUUCUUGUUGUUGCAGGUGAGACCUUUAUCCCUUACUACCAGGGGAAGGUCAUUGAUACGCUGAGUGGUCAGUACCAGCACAACAGCUUCAUGUAUGCCAUUGGAGGCAUGGGACUCGUCUCACUAGGAAGGUACACAGGUUUCGCUUCCUCUUUUACUUUCUCUAGUUUUUCCUUUGGUUGUUUCCUCUCCUCUGUGUUUUGGUUUAUCUGUGAAUAGACAGAGAGAAUAAUGAUAGACCCUUCUGUGAUUGUUGAUUGACCUGUCUGUGACCUUUCUGUGGUUUUUCCCCUCAGUGCUCUGUGCUCAGGCCUGCGAGGGGGCUUGUUCAUGUGCAGCCUAUCCAGACUCAACAAGAGGAUGAGACACAUGCUGUUUCACAACCUGGUGCAACAGGACAUACACUUCUUUGAGGAGAACAAACCAGGUGAGAUGAUGGACACAGGAACAUCCCACUGGGCACACACUGGUCGAACCAACGUGGAAUAGACGUUGAAUUGACGUCUGUGCCCAGUGGGAUGGGUAUUAUAUCACAGAGGUAAUAGGAUAAUAACACAUAUUGGCAUUUAAUGCCAUGUCCUAUUCUCUUGUUUUGGUGGCAUGUGAUGUGAUCUCUAUCCUUAGUCACAGACGAUUCUGGUAUAAAUAUUAAAGCUCAUCUACCAUUAUAAUCCAAUUGAUUUAUGAAUGAUGUCCUUCCUCCCACAGGAAGCCUUGCCUCACGCCUGGGCCAUGAUGUGGACAAGAUGGGACGCUCUGUGGCGCUGAACAGCAACGUGCUGGUGCGCAGCCUGGUGAAGAUGGCUGGUAUGCUGGUCCUGAUGCUGGGCCUGUCCUGGCAGCUCACCCUGCUCACCAUGGUGGAGAUGCCCCUCCUCACCCUGCUGCAGACCAAAUAUAACACAUACAACCAGGUAGACGCAACAACGCCCAAACACCUAAAAUAUAAUAGGGGAGCGUGGGGUAAGUUGAGCCACCCUUGUUUCUAGGAAACCAUACACAAAAUUAAUAAUUUGACCAAAUAUUUAGGAAGAGGUCUUCAUUUCAUGGAGUCUGUGAAGGAAGAAAAAAUGGUAAGCAAGUUAGGUCAAUUAAAAUGAUUUUCACCACGUGAAUGUAUUGUGUUAGAGGUUAUAUGAUACUUGUAUGUAAACCAAAGUAAAUCAUUUUAAGAUUGUACUAUACAUCAGUUGGGGUCUUUAUAAGUUUCAAUAUGAGGUCCUAAACCUAGCAUGAAAGUGCAUCCUUGUAGCUGUGUGGGCCAAUAUAGUAAAAAUGUUUGCCUUGGGGUAAGUUGAGCCAAUGGCCAUGGGGGAAUUGAGCCAAUGGUUGAGCCAAUGGCAAAUUGAGCAAAUUGAAGUGUUUUCUUCCCAGGCGUAAUGCAAGGCAUUGUUGCUGGGAUAUGAGGUAACAACAGGGCCUAUCUUAAAAGUGUUAAAAAAGUACUAAGGGUUUGUUAGGUGUUAAGCCUGGGUUAAAAUACGCUUAAAAUGAUUAAAAGACUAAAAGUGAUUGUGUUAGAUUGUGUUUGGGGAAAUAAAGAUAGACAUGGUUUUAAAAAGGUAGUGGUAAUAUUCAAUUCAGUACAGAAAUAUGUAGGUGGCUUAACUUACCCUGUCCCGCGGCUCAAUUUACCCCAUACCCGGGGUAAGUUGUGCCAAGAGACCACUUUUUUUGGACAAGCUAUGUUUUCAAAACUGUAAUGUUUACAUGAAUUCUGAUUAUUUCCAGGGAUACACAACAUCCUGAAAUAUAUGUAGAUAUCUUUUUAGAAAGAAUACUAUAUUUCCCUUGACAGAGUGAUGCCGGCUCAACUUACCCCACUCUACCCUACCUACAGCCAGGUAGCUAGAACAACACCUAAACACCAAUGCAGCUAUAACUCUGACAGCAAUGUAGACAAAAUAAAGACCAAGUAUAGAAAAGUAAUGGGAUUAUUGACUAGUUAGUGACAGAUGCUUCUAGAAUUAUGAUUAAUUGAUUAAUUGACUGACUGUCUGACUGGUACCACCCAACAGAAGUUCAUUAAGCAGCUGCAGGACUGCCAGGCCCAGACCAAGGAGCUGGCAUCCCAGGCCAUUGGGGCGGUGAGAACGGUUCGCAGCUUCAGAGCUGAGGAGAAAGAGCUGGAUAGGUACAACCAAGCACUGGAGAGGAUGUACAAGGUCCAGGAGCACAAGGGCAUCGUCAGUGCUGUCCAUCUUUUACUGAGAAGGGUAAAAUGAAACUAAUGAUAAUUCUACGACCCAAUGAUCGAUGUUUGAGACCCCUGGGUGCUGUAAAUAACAUGGAUCUGUAGUCUAUCCCACAUGAUGUGUCUGUCUCUCCCUACCUCCCUACCUCCCUACACACUGAACACCUUUAACUCUUAUACAGUACUCUAUAUACGUGAUGUGUUCCUGUAUCCAAUACCCCUCUGUGUCUUUUCUCUGACCAGAUGGUGACAGUGGGCCUGAAGGUGGCCAUGCUGUUCCUGUGUCGGAGGCUCAUCUCAUCUGGCCAGCUGAGCAUCGGCAGUGUGCUGGCUUUCGUCCUCUUCCAGAAAGACAUGGUGACCAAUAUGAAGGUAAGUAAGCAAAUUAACCACCAGCAGGCUUUUGAAUUAUCAUGUCAUUUUUCUGAAUACCUGAUGUGAAACUGACUUAAAUGUUUUCGUUGUUGUUGUCAGCAACUUGUGUAUGUCUUUGGAGACACGCUGAGCACUGUCGGGGCGGCAGCCAAGGUGUUCACGUUUCUGGACAGAAAGCCCAAUCAGAAAGAAGCAGGAGAGCUGGCUCCUGCAAAGCUUCAGGGGAAACUUGCUUUCCACAAUGUUACCUUCUACUAUCCCUCACGCCCAGAUACACCUGCACUGAAGGUAAGCAUCUAUUCAUAGGAUAUGAGCUGUUAUGAAAGAUUGUAUCAAUAUUUAAAACAGAGUAAUAGCCCUGCUAUUUUCAUGGAUUUAUCGAUACAAUUACAUCUUUUAAUAGGGAGACUUGUCUUUGAACCAGCAUCAUAUAUUUAUUUUUUUGUAGUUUAUUUAUUUAACUAUUGAACUAUACAAUGCAUUCGGAAAGUAUUCAGACCCCUUCACUUUUUCCACAUUUUGUUACGUUACAGCCUUAUUCUAAAAUUGAUUAAAUUGUUUUUUUCCCCCCUUCAUCAAUCUACACACAAUACCCCAUAAUGACUAAGCAAAAACUGGUUUUUAGAAAUGUUUGCAAAUGCAUAAAAAUGAAAAAUGAAAUAUCACAUUUACAUAAGUAUUCAGAUUAUUUACUCAGUACUUUGUUGAAGCACCUUUGGCAGCGAUUACAGCCUCGAGUCUUCUUGAGUAUGACGCUACGAGCUUGGCACACCUGUAUUUGGGGAGUUUCUCCCAUUAUUCUCUGCAGAUCCUCUCAAGCUCUGUCAGGUUGGAUGGGGAGCAUCGCUGCACAGCUAUUUUCAGGUCUCUCCAGAGAUGUUCGAUCGGGUUCAAGUCCAGGCUCUGGCUGGGCCACUCAAGGACAUUCAGAGACUUGUCCCGAAGCCACUCCUGCGUUGUCCUGUUGGAAGGUGAACCUUCGCCCCAGUCUGAGGUCCUGAGCACUCUGGAGCAGGUUUUCAUCAAGGAUCUCUCUGUACUUUUCUCCGUUCAUCUUCCCUCGAUCCUGACUAGUCUCCCAGUCCCUGCUGCUGAAAUACAUCCCUCCUCCAGAUGUGACGCUUGGCAUUCAGGCCAAAAAGUUCAAUCUUGGUUUCAUCAGACCAGAGAAUCUUGUUUCUCAUGGUCUGAGAGUCCUUUAGGUGCCUUUUGGCAAACUCCAAGCGGGCUGUCAUGUGCCUUUUACUGAGGAGUAGCUUCCGUCUGGCCACUCUACCAUAAAGGCGAUGGUUGUCCUUCUGGAAAGUUCUCCCAUCUCCACAGAGGAACUCUGGAGCUCUGUCAGAGUGACCAUCGGGUUCUCGGUCACCUCCCUGACCAAGGCCCUUCUACCCUGAUUGCUCAGUUUGGCCGGGUGGCCAGCUCUAGGAAGAGUCUUGGUGGUUCCAAACUUCUUCCAUUUAAGAAUGAUGGAGCCCACUGUGUUCUUGGGGACCUUCAAUGCUGCAGAAAUGAGUUGGUACCCUUCCCCAGAUCUGUGCCUUGACACAAUCCUGUCUCGGAGCUCUACGGACAAUUCCUUCGACCUCAUGGCUUGGUUUUUGCUCUGACAUGCACUAUUAACUGUGGGACCUUAUAUAGACAGGUGUGUGCCUUUCCAAAUCAUGUCCAAUCAAUUUAAUUUACCACAGGUGGACUCAAAUCAAAUUGUAGAAACAUCUCAAGGAUGAUCAAGGAGGCACCUGAGCUCAAUUUCAAGUAUCAUAGCAAAGGGUCUGAAUACUUAUAUGAAUAAGGUAUUUCUGUUUUUAAUUUUGUAUACGUUUGCACAACUUUAUAAAAACCUGUUUUUGCUUUCUCAUUAUGUGUGUAGAUUGAUGAGGGAAAUUUUUUUAUUUUAUCAAUUUUAGAGUAAGGCUGUAAUGUAACAAAAUGUUGAAAACGUGAAGGGGUCUGAAUACUUUCCAAAUGCACUGUACCUUAUGUCUGUUGGCCAAGUAGUUAGAGUGCUGUCAGAAAGUAUUCACACCCCCUUUACAUUUUUUCCACAUUUUGUUGUGUUUAAGCCUGCAUUUAUAAUGGAUUAAAUUGAGAUUGUCUAUCACUGGCCUACACACAAUACCCCAUAAUGUCAAAGUGGAAUUAUGUUUUUAGAAAUGUGUACAUAAUAAGGCACAUACUAAGUUGCUGGACUCACUGUGUGUGCAAUAAUAGUGUUUAACAUGAUUUUUGAAUGACUACCUCAUCUCUGUACCCCACACAUACAAUCAUCUGUAAGGUCCCUCAGUCGAGCAGUGAAUUUCAAACACAGAUUAAACCACAAAGACCAGGGAGGUUUUCCAAUGCCUCACAAAGAAGGGCACCUAUUGGUAGAUGGAUUAAAAAGAAGCAGACAUUGAAUAUCCCUUUGAGCAAGUUAUUAAUUACACAUUGGAUACAGAGAUACAGGCGUCCUUCCUAACUCAGUUGCCGGAGAGGAAGAAAACUGCUCAGGGAUUUCACCAUGAGGCCAAUGUUGACUUUAAAACAGUUACAGAGUUGAAUGGCUGUGAUAGGAGAAAACUGAGGAUGGGUCAACAUUGUUGUUACUCCACAAUACUAACCUAACUGACAGAGUGAAAAGAAGGCAGCCUGUACAGAAUACAAAUAUUCCAAAACAUGCAUCCUCUUUUCAAUAAGGCACUAAAGUAAAACUGCAAAAAAUGUGGCAAAGAAAAUAACUUUAUGUCCUGAAUACAAAGCUUUAUGUUUGGGGCAAAUCCAACACAGCACAUGUAUGACAACACUUGAAAAUGGCUGUCUAGCAAUGAUCAAUAACCAACUUGAGACUUACCCAGAAAGCUGUAAUCGCUGCCAAAGGUGAUUCUAACAUGUAUUGACUCAGGGGGUUGAAUACUUAUGUAACAAGAUAUAUUAAUGUAUUAAUAUUUUUCAUAUAUAUUUUUUACAAAUGUUAGGAUUUUUUUUCUUCCACCUUUACAUUACAGAGUAUUUUGUGUAGAUCGUUAGCAAAAAAUGACACAAUUAAAUCCUUUGUAACACAACAAAAUGUGGAAAAAGUCAAGGGGUGUCAAUACAUUCUGAAGGCACUGUAUUAUCUCCCUGCCAUGCUUGCCUGUACCUGCAAUAAUUUAGGUUAAAUGUCUCUAACCAUCUAUCUGCCAGGCUGUGAGUCUGGACCUGCAUCCAGGGAAGAUGACAGCGCUGGUGGGGCCCUCUGGUUGCGGGAAGAGCUCCUGCGUCAGCCUGCUCGCGAGGUUGUAUGAGCCCAAGGAGGGCCAGGUGCUGCUGGAUGGACAGCCCCUGCACUGCUACCAGCACCAGUACCUGCAUCAGAAGGUACAGUCAGGACCCCCACCAUGUCCAAUAAUGUGCUGUAGUGCUUUAGCUCAUUGAUAGGGCUCUGCUUUCCAUAAUCCUUUAUACAUGUGUGAACAACUGUUAUGCAAAGUAGGACCGUUCAGCUCACUCCCUCUCUUAGCAAUGUUACUGUCCAAGAGUUGCACAUUAGCCUGCAGACCUCCUGUGUCAUACAGUCAUACCAUAUGACUUGUUCAAUUGUUUUUAAUAUGUUUUUAAACCAAACACCCUGAUGAUGAUCUCUCCCUGAGGAAAGAUGGCCCUGGUGUCCCAGGAACCAGUGCUCUUCUCUGGCUCUAUCAGAUACAACAUAGAGUACGGCCUCCUGGGAUGCACCCUGGAGAAGGUGAAAGAGGCCGCGAAGAGCGCCAACGUCCACAACUUUAUUUGUACGCUGGAACAGGGCUACAACACAGGUAGGUAGUGAUUGGUCACCUUGUGGCCAUUGCAUUGACACAUAUUCAUCACAGUCAUUCAUUGGCAAGCAUUUUAUUUUCUUUAGAGGGGCUGUUCUGCCUUCAUAAAAGCCUGCCAAAAAGACUCUACCAAAGUUAGGAUAUAAGGUGUAAGACUGGAACAACCGGUUGUAUAAUGCUUGAGAUAUCUGCUGUGUGAUGUAUUGUGAGUUACAGGCCUAUCUAUCUGUGUAGCUACUAGCUGGCCUAGCACUAAUGUCCUGUGUAUCUCUCAGAUGUAGGUGAGUGUGGAGGGCAGCUGUCUUCUGGACAGAAGCAGUGCAUCGCCAUCGCCAGAGCUCUGGUUCGAGAGCCACUGGUCCUCAUCCUGGACGAGGCAACCAGCGGCAUGGACAUCAACACACAGCAUGCGGUAUACAUUAAAGACCUCUAUAGCACAACAAUAUUACAUGAUUUUCAUGUCUAAAGUAAAACAUGGAACUAAACCAACUGCAGAAUGAACAUGACUAAUUACAACAGACUACCGACUCUGAAUCUAUUUGAGGGGUCACAAUUGAAGUCACAAUGUGACUUAUGCAGGAACAACUCUGGGCCCUCGGUAUAACCUUUAACCAGGACCCAAUAUAGUCAUAGAAUCUAUUUUUAUUUAGUCUAAAUCUAAUAGCUUCAGUAACAUGAUGUCAAUAGGGUUCUUAAUGCUCUCUCCCAGGUGCAGGGCAUCCUGGCAGGCUCAGUGGGCCAGACAGUGUUGGUGGUGGCCCACCAGCUGCAGACUGUGGAGAAGGCUGACCACAUCAUCUUCAUGGAGGGUGGGGAGGUGGUGGAGCAAGGCACACACCAGGAGCUAAUGGCUAGCAAGGGGCGCUACCGUCGGCUCAAAGAGGAACUCUUUGAGGACUGAUUAGGAAUCACACAGCUGUCAGAGAGAGCGAGAGAGAGACACCCA